AUGAAUAUACACAGAAGUCCAGUCAAGGUCGGGGGAUCACUCAGUGAUCUGUCCAGCUUACGGGACCGGGAUGCAGACAACCUCGUGACCCUCCGCAAGCGAAAACAACCCGAGAGUGACCUUGCCGAUACUCUCGCCGAUUUCCGAAAAGAACUAAUGAAAUCCUUCCAAGACUUCUUCGAAAUUCAAAAUAAAAGUUUAUCGUCAUUGUGUGAAGAUGUACGCCAGAUCAAACAAGAAAUGUCCGGGAUGAAAUUAUGCAACGAAAAAAUUUUGCAGGAGCAGAAUAAACUAAAGCAUGAGGUAUCCGAGAUCAAAACUGAUAACAACUUGACCAAAGAAAAAAUCGAAAAGCUGGAUCGUAAUCUAUCUCAGGCGCAGCUAACCAUUGCUCAACUUUCUUCUAAACUACGUGACAAUGACCAACAAGGACGCAGAAAUAACUUAGAAUUCACGGGGAUACCACAACAAAAGAGUGAAAACUUGUAUAAUAUCAUAAAAAACAUUGCCACUAAAGUUGGUUUUACCCUAAAUCCAUCGGAUAUAGAUUACAUUCACCGCGUCCGAAGAUUCAAACAAAUCACGCCGGGCAAGCCAAGCGUCGCCGCCGCCGCCGCCGCCGGAGACGACGGUGUACCCACUUCUACCGAUUCUACAAUGAUACCUAACAUCAUAGUCCGGUUUUGCCGGCGAAACAUUAAAAUGGAAUUUCUAUCAGCUGUUCGCGCUCGCCGGGGACUCACUACUGUUGAUGCCGGCUUAGAUGGACCCUCGAAACCCAUUUUUGUGAACGACCAUCUCGCUCCAUACUAUAAAAUGCUGUACAGUCGUACCAGAGCUCUGGCCAAGCAGAACGACUACAAAUACGUCUGGCUGAGGGACUGUCAGAUUAACGUUCGAAAGAAUGAUACGUCGAGACCAAUUGUUAUUUUAUCUGAAAAUGAUUUAGAUAAAAUAUGA